UGACUUCCAGAAAGCUGUCUCAAGUGUAAAGUGAAAGUAGUUUGAAGAGGAAGGGCAGCUGUUUUCCCUUCUGCGCAACAGAAAAACACUUGCAGCUGAAAAGAGGACAAUGGCUCCUCAGGCCAACCCCAUCCUGCUGGCCUCCUGGCUCCAGGCGUUCUGCUCUGUCAUCUUGGCUGGGGUUCAUCAUUUCUCCCGCUCCCAGCUCAUCCUGUCUCAGGAGCUGCCAGGAUUGCCAAAGACACAGAACAUGCUGAAGAUGAACUAUUUAAUGUUCACAUACUAUGACAGCACCACCAAAAGGGUAACAACCCGGAAUGGCUACAAUCCUGAGACCCAAGAGGCCCAGGAGCGGUGGAGGGGAAGGAACACCGAGUGCCAGGUGUGGAACCUCUGGAUCGAGACCGAGUUUAAGGCCCUGGUGCAGGCAGUGAAUGCCAGCUCCUCAAGGACAGAGCUCUACUACAUGCAGGUUUUGCACACCUGUGAUUUGGAUGAAGCCACAGGGGCCAUCACAAUUGUCACCAGGCUUGCCCUUAAUGGCGAAGAUAUUCUACAUUACCGGGGAGACCAGAAGCAAUGGUACCACACGCACCCAGCUGCCCAGAGACUGGCUGAGAAGUGGAACCAAGAGAGGCAGAAGCUGGAGGGCAUGAACACACCAAGCCCACAGCAGUGCAGAUUCCUCAUCCAGACGACUGCACCAUUUUGUGCACAGAAGACAGCCAAACCAAACGUGCAUUUGAGCCUGAUCCCAGCAUCACAGGGGCAGCCGCAGUCCCUCGCCUGCCAUGUGACAGGGUUCUACCCCCGCGACAUCGAGGUGACCUGGGAGCGGCAGGGCCAGACGGCUGAGGGGGAGCAGCAGACCAGUGGGGUGCGACCCAAUGAAGACCACACCUUCCAGAUCCGGGUGAAGAUCGAGUUGGGGGAGAUGGGGGUCAGCCCUGCGGAGCACGUGUGUGUGGUGCGGCACAGCAGCCUGGGGGAGACCCCACUGAGGGCGGCCUGGACUCCUUCAGGUGAAAAGGCUGCAGGAAAUACCUACAUCAUAUUGGCUGCUGCAGUCGGCAUCCUCCUUGCCUUAGGAGCGGGAGCCCUGUGGUUUUAUCGGAGGAGGAAAGCAUCAGCAGACUCCUCCAGUGCAGGACAAUCCUCAGCCAGCCUCUCUAUCUCAGAAGCCAAGGAGUGACCCUCUUUCAAACCUAUCACCUCGUGGGGCAACACCUGUCUGCCAGCCCCAACACUGGACAUUUGAAGGAUUUGGGGGUGUCAGGUAGAGGUAGGAGUUGAAGGGACCCUUUCAAAUGCCUUUUCCAGCCCCUGAAUUGGGCAGGAGUAGAUGAAUUGUCAAAACUCAGGAAAGGUGCCUGAUGGUGAGUUUAAUCUGUUACUUUUCUUACUGUUACUGAUUUUCCAUCCCUGCCAUCACUUUUGGAAUAUGAGCUAAUCAUGAGUAGAUAUUUAUACAUCCCCUUGUUUGCCAACUUUUUGGAUCUUUGGCUAUUUGCCUAUUUAAAAACCUUUCCCUGUGCUUUUGCUUCAUUCUGACUGUUAAUUGAAUUCACCGUAUGUAGCAAAAUCAGGCUAAGCUCCAUUUUGGAAAUCUGCCAGUAGCCAAGCUGUCCAGAGUCCUGGACCAGUUCCAGUGUUGUGCCAGGGGUUAUCCUGAGUAUUCAUAAUGCACUCCUGCUGGUUGUUUUUCAAGGGCUCAGUCACUUCUGAGAUUUUGGGCCACCAUGUUACAGGCACCAGACAGGUCUGGCCUUCAGUCUUGCAAAUAUGUUUCCUCUUGCAACUGAAAUGGUCAUGUUAGGCAGGAAGCAUCAGGUAUAUUCAUGGUGCUCUCCCUUGUGCCUUGGUGAGCCAAAAGAUGCCAUCCAUGAAGGCUGCUCAGCUAGUGGGUAGACAGUUCCUUCCUGGUACCCAAGGGCCUUUGUACACACCAUGUUUUUUGUCCUUUUGUGCACUGCAACUGUAUGUCUGUUUGCACAAGUGGGAUUUCCAGACACUUUAAAAGUCUUUCUUGUGUGUGAUGGGCCGGCUGGUAGUGACUUAGCCCAAUGGUUUUGGAAGCGCAAAAGAUGACUGGAGGACUUGGGAUUCCCUUUCCUCACCAAUUUGGUAAUGAUUUUGCCCAGGGGUUUUGAAGGGGUAAAAGAUGAUUGGAGGACUUGGGAUUCCUUUUCCUCACCAAUCAGGUCCCAGAGACUCACCCUCAUGUCCCCUGAUUGGCCCCUUGGGUCACCUGGAAUGGGUUAAAAGGGGCAGCGCAACUGACUCAGGGGAGAGACCAGCGAGGAAGCACAAGCAAGGAGCUGGCAAGAGCUGAGCCAGCGGGGCAGGAGCAGUUGCCCCAGGAGAGCCCGAAGGAGUGGGACCUGUAGGCAGCACCGGGGUCCUCAGCAGCAUGGCAGCGGCUGGCAGGAGAGGCUCCCUACUGGGCUCCAGGAUCCCCUACGAGAGGCUGUGGUCAGCAGGAGAGGCUCCCCAGUGCCAGCAAGAUCUGAGCAGCGACCUGAGAGGUUCCCAGCUCAGCUUCUAGCUUCUCCAAUCAGAGGCCAGGCAGCUCAACGUGAGGCCAGGGCUCCAGGAAGAUCAAGACCAGGUUGGAGUAGUAACAGCCGUGGUGGCUAUAUGGUAGAGUUUCUGCUUACCAUGUAAGAGCUCUGAGCUCAAGUCCCAGCUUUGGUGACUUGGGAUGAGUGAGCUAACAAUGAAAAAUGCCUCUUGCAGUGGAAAGGGGCCAUCGUGUUUUCCUCCAGGUACCUAAGCCCUAUAUUCCUUGUAAUUUGACAUUUUGUAUUUUGUGGCUUUUCUAUUUCCAGUAAUACCAACCAGUAUUGUUUGUUCUGCUGUUUGUGUUUUACCUUUUGGUUAACCCUGUCUUUUGUUAACUGGAUGAAUAUGUCUAUGAUUGUAAGUGUCUAACCUUUGUUGAAUCCUGCCCCUUCAGGGCAUUGUAGUGUCCCCUAUACCCCCUGGUUCAUACUGGUUAUGUUCCCAGUAUUGUUCCCUCAUUAAAAGGUAUAUGGUUAAGUCCC